AUGCCCCGUGGCUUCGACAAGCUCCUCCAUCACGAACCCGAAUCAUCGCCAGAUCCCCCGCCCCGACGACCCUCCACGCAAUCCCGCUAUCAUCUCCAUGUCCGGCAACAACCCAUCGCCGCGCGAGCAUGCGGCGCCGGCGAUAGAGACAGACGCCCCGUCGAUCCACCCCCGAUCGUCCAAAUACUCCUGACAGACUUCGACGCGGAAUCUCAGGACGACCGCGACGUCCUACAAGACCCACGCUUCACAGUGGGCUGUCUACUCUUCCCUGUCUCAGACUCGAACAGCUGGACUCCCUCAUCAGAAGCCGAAACCAUCCAAUCCGCCGAACGCGACGCCAACGGCGUCGCCCGCGUAGAUGAUUCCUUCUCUACACCCCUCCUCUCCGGCAAAGCCUUCAUGUCCCCCUUCUUCGUCGACGCAGACCCAGAUCCAAACUCCGCACCUACCCACCCAUCUUCAGACGAUACCCUCCACCCUCUCAACUCCCCGCCAACCCACGACCAAGGUCAACCGCCAUCCCUCCGCAAUGCAUCAAAACUCAAUCAACCCGCCACAUUCUUCAUCUUCGCAGACCUAUCUAUCCGCUCAGCGGGGCUGUAUAGACUCCAAUUCCGACUCAUGAAUUGGGGCUCCGUCGAGGAUACAGGCCAAUCUAUGCCUAUACUUGCGGAAGCUUGGUCCGAUCCGUUUCGGGUAUAUGCAGCCAAGGAUUUUCCUGGGAUGCGGGACUCUUCUAUUCUUGCGGAGGGGUUGAAGGAGCUUGGGUUUGUGGAGUUGAAGACUAGGGGCAAUGGGAAGGGGAAGGGGAGGAAGAGGGGUGACAAUUAA